CGGUCAGAGCGGAGACAGGAAGUGAAGAGCACGCGGAGGCUUCGGGACUACGGGAGCCAUCAUGCAGCGCGGCGGGCAGAUGUGUGGAGGCUGCUUAGAGUUGUGAGGCUGACUGGAGCCUGCAGGGGGCAGGAUGGAGGCCGCAGGGCAGGAGCCUUUGUUGUUUGAUGAUGUGGCCAUAUACUUCACCCAGGAGGAGUGGGGGAGCUUAGAAGAGUGGCAGAAGGACCUGUACAAGGAGGUGAUGAUGGAAACCUACUGUGCUCUCCGGUCACUGGGGAUUCCCAUGGUGAAGUCCGAGCUUCUGUUACUGAUCGAAAGUGGAAAGGAACCAUGUAUUCAGGGUCCUCCAAGGUGGGAGAAGCUGGGGUGUGACCCAGAAGCCGCCUCAGAUCUGCAGAGCUGGAGAGAUGCAGAGGAAGUGUCCAUGUAUGACCGGGUGUGGACGGAACGUCGGGCGCUCACAUACCGCAGACGGGUGGUGAGGAAGCGCUGUGGCCGCAGGUCCCCCAACUUCUCCCGUAUAGAACUGGAGUGUUUUGUCUCGUUAAUGGAUCGGUAUCUGCCAGAUGAGCUACAGAGAACGGGAGCCAUCUCUCUGCGCCAGCGCCGUUCCAUUCUCCAGGAAAUUGCCCGCUGUCUGGAGCCCAUGUCUGGCUGCCUCCGCACCCCACGCCAGCUACUCCACCGAUGGGCAGAUUUUAACAACAGAGACCCUGAACGGCUGAUGGAGAUAAGGAUGCAACUCCACUUUGGGAGGAGGUGGAAACGGAGGCUCUCUCGCCCACACUCAUCACCUUCAUCAUCCUCAGAAGAAGGAGAGGAGGCUCAGGGGGACCCUCUAAGUUCUGAAUGGGAUGAGAGGUCCAGGGAGUCAUCCACUUAUUUCCCUAUUUUGCCUGACCUUCCUGUGCACACUUCAUUAACCACACACAUCGAUGCACAGGGGCACUACAUUGUGCCACCUCCACUUCAGAAGUCAGGAGAGAGGUGGGGGCAGCGAUCGGCAGGAGAGUGCAUGGAGGAGCAGAGUGCUUUGCAUGGAUCCUCAGGAGCGGUGAAGAGAUUUCCGGGGAGAGCGACUACUGCUGCAUUAUACUCCUCUCUACAUGCACAAGGUGACCCUGCGGUGGGCGUGGAUCCAGAGAUACCCGAUGGACUCGCAGACCCAGGACUGCGGAUGAUUAAAUCCGAGCCGGGCAGUGAAGAAGAUGAAGGAGGAGGAAGCUGGAGUAGUGACAUUCCCUCCCCGGAGUCAGCGAUGUCUGGCCAGAGUGACGUGAGGAAACGGAUUGAGCGGCAGAGCACUGAGCCGCUGUCCCCAGCUCUUGUGUCACCAGAGGAUUCUGUCCAUUUGAAGACGGCCCCUCCUGGAGGUCAGCCUGGUGUCAAGCUGGAGUCUUCUCCUCUCUCAGGACCAUGUAGGCCGGAGUCACAGACGAGCUCACAGGAGGAAGACCCCCCAGGAUCAAGAUCUAGCAAGAGGUCCCCAAACUUCUCCCCGGCAGAGCUGGAGUGUUUUGUUGCACUAAUGGAUCACUUUCUGCCGGAUAAUAGCAUCCGAGCCGGAGCCAUCCCUAUCAGGCAGCGCAAAGACAUCCUUCUGGAGAUCGCCCGACGCCUGGAGCCUCUGUCUGGAUGUUUGCGCACCCCCCGGCAGCUCCGACACCGAUGGACUGACUUCAACAACCGAGACCCAGACCGGCUGGAGGAGAUAAGAAGCCGGCUGAGGAGAGCUGCCCGACAGGACUCCUGCAAGAAGUCUAUGAAAGCAGCAGAAUCGGCCCCUGCAGCAGGUAACAACUGGAGACGCAGACGUUCUUAUCCACUCCAGCGAGACAUCAAGGAGGAGGAUCAGAACACCUCUGAGGGGCAGAUGCCCAGGACACCUUGGCACCACCGUGGGCUUCCAAAACCUAGAAACUCCUUCUCUAUGGCACGAUUAAAAAAAAAUCGGCACUUGGCGCUUCACAUCUUUCGUAUGGAUCGGUUACUCCAGCGAGUAGACCAUAAGCAGGAGCUGCUCCUACAGACAGCGGACCUCAGCACAGAUGAGGAGGACUGUGCUGAGCAGAAGACAUCACAGAUGCACCUAAGUAUCUGAGACCAACAUCCUGGACGGCGAGAUUCUCCUGUGAGAAGGGUUAGCGUCCAGUCUGCUCAUGUCUCUGCUGUCUGAAAGGACUCAUCUGGUCAGCUACGCUCAUUCUCAUGGGUGAUGCUGAGCCCAGGUGUGUGAUGUCAUCACCGCUGAAGAGUUCUCUUGAAGCUUUUGGGACCUUGCAUAUUACCUGUUGUCAAUGACGACACGCACUAUACAAUAUUAUGUUAUUAAGUAUUCAUCUGUAUAGUGAGAUAGCUCUGCCCCAGCGAUGACAUCAUCAUACACUUAGCAUGAUAUCUUCUUCAGUCUCUUCUGCUCUUGCUUGAUGCUGCAGUGGGCUGUGCAUCCUCCCUGGGACAGGGAUGAUGGGAGUGAUAUGUUGUGGGGGUGUAUUCUCUCUCCGCCUUUUUCACUUUGAUUACUACCACCAUGUGUCCUCCGGCCGUUUCUUAGGUCUGAAUAAACUCCUUGUGUCCACUUUACCUGCCGUCCUCCAGAGCAGCAGAUUACUAGACCAGGACCGCUCCCCUCACUUCUAAUAAAAUAUUCCUUCUUCGCUACCUGGAUUCUGAUUUACCAAAAUCUCUUAAAAAUAAAAAAAUAAAAAUGCCCUUUGCCCCUUGUUCCUGUCACUGUAUUCAGGUCAGGCAUGAAUGGUGGCUCAUCAUGUAGUCUGUGGUCGCAUCUACAGAGACUGUGGAGCUUCAUCCUACAUUCUGAGGGUUCUUCCCAUUGACUGCAGUGUGUGAAGUCAGCCAUGAAGCUGACGGGGGCUGGUAAUACACCAUCCAGUCCUGCUGUGUACAUGGUGACAGACUAGCUAAGCUUCAGCAGGUUAAAGAAGAGAUGCUCAACUAAUUUAAGAAACCUUAGAAGGGAAUUUCUUCAAAGUGUUUUGGGAUCCAAAUACAUUCGACCUAAAUCGAAAGUGCUGCGAUUGCCCUGAAAAGUCAUGUAUGACACUCAGGUCUCCUAGGUCGGGAGCCGACCCAGGUAAAACUCUGUAAUGUCCGAGUUACAGCCAUGGGUGGACGGACCGGAGCCGGUGCGAACAAACAGCCUGUUUGAUAACGCUCUGCGUUGCCUGAUUUUUUUUAAUGCUUUUUCAAAUAAAAAUUUUCCUAAAAUGA